UGUGCAAACAACCACGGAUUGCGUGCGUAUGUUUGCCAAGAUGGUGAUCAAGUUGUAUGGAGAGAAGUAUCUCCGAGCUCCAAAUGAGGAUGAUACAAAAAGGCUCAUGGAGAUCAAUGAAAAGAGGGGGUGGCCGGGGAUGCUUGGUAGUUUGGAUUGCAUGCAUUGGACAUGGAAAAAUUGUCCAAAAGCAUGGCAUGGAAUGUAUUGUGGCAAAAGUCGUGAUGCUACCAUUGUUCUUGAAGCUGUGGCCUCUCAAGACUUAUGGAUUUGGCAUGCUUUUUUUGGAUUGCCGGGGACACUCAACGACAUCAACAUCUUGAAUAGAUCCCCUUUGUUUGCAAGACUAGUUAAGGGUGAAGCUCCACCUUGUAACUACAAAGUUAUGAACAAUGAGUACACCAUGGGGUACUAUCUCACAGAUGGUAUUUACCCUAACUAUGCAACCCUUGUCAAGUCCAUAAAAGAGAAAAAUGACAGGGCUUUGACAAGAAAGGAAGCUUACUUCACCAAAAAUCAAGAGGCAUGCCGCAAGGAUAUUGAGAGAGCUUUUGGUGUCUUGCAAACAAGGUUUGCAAUUGUCCGGGGUCCUGCUAGGUUUUGGGACAAGGAAACUCUUGUUGAUGUCAUGACAUGUUGUGUGAUUCUUCACAACAUGAUCAUUGAAGAUGAAAGAGGUUUGAACUUGCCAUGUUUCUAUGACAAUGUUGGCACCCGAGUGCAGCCCGAGAGGAACCCUGAUCGGAUUGAAGCUUUUCUUGCAGCUCAUCGAGGCAUUGAAAAUGCCGAGACUCAUCACCAGCUCACCCAAGAUUUGAUUGAUCACCAUUGGCAGUUGCAUGGCCAAUGAUUUAUUACAUUCAUUUCCCAUUGUUGUAUGUGUGAAACAUUCAUUUCCUAUUGUUGUAUGUGUGAAACAUUUGUUAUUUGUUUAAUUCUUCCAUUAGAACAUUUGUUGACAU